AUGACCACCGCCUCCCAUCCUGCCAAGCCGACUCCGACCAAACCUUCAGACCAGUCCAUCAUGGGGGGCUUGACCUCCGCUGCCGGCCUCGUCGGUUUCCUGACCGAGCCGGACAACGACCUCAGGUCGUUUGCCCUCCACCGGUUAAACGAGGAAAUCGAUCUGCUGUGGCCCGAGGUUGCUGGUUCUGUCGGUCAGAUAGAAGCUCUGUACGAAGAUGAGACGUUCCCGGAGAGAGAGCUUGCUGCUCUGGUGGCCGCCAAGGUCUACUAUCAGCUACAAGAGUACAACGAGAGCAUGGUGUUCGCGCUGGGGGCAGGAAAGCUGUUCAGCUUAGAUCACCCUGGCGAGUUCGAGGACACGAUAGUUACCAAGUGCAUCGACACCUACAUCGCUCUGUCCGCCCUGCACAACCCUCCGGCGCCCGCAAGCACAGCAAACCAGCCUCCGCCCCAACUUACGACCGCCUUCCCCGCGAACGCAAACGGUAGCGCAAACACGGCCGCAAGCCUUACCUCGCCGACUACGCCAUUCUCACAAACCACCCUUCCCUCCAAGUCUCUGCUCUCCCGCGACGACUCCACGGGUUUUGACCCCUCGGUCCCCGGCGGUGGCAAUGCCGGCACCCCCGGCGCACACCCGUCUCCUCUAGCCCUGCCGAGGCCAGUGCAGAAGAAUCUGCAGACGGUGAUUCGGAGGUUGUUCGAGAGCUGCUACCAGGCUAGCGCAUACCAGCAGGUUGUCGGCAUCGCUAUUGAGGCCAGGAAUCUCGACGUUCUGCGCGAGACAAUCCUGAGGGCGAGCCAGGAUGAGAAGUCGCAGGGCAAGAAGGCUGCCAGCGGUGCUCCGGGCAAGAGUGAGGAGCUCCUGGAGUACAUCCUGGACAUUUGCAUGAACGUUGUUCAGGAGCGCGGUCUUAGGAACGAGAUCCUGAGAAUGAUCCUGGACCUUCUCAACGAGCUCCCGAGCCCCGAUUACUUCUCCAUCGCAAAGUGUGUCGUGUACUUGAACCAACAUUCGAUGGCGUCGAACAUGCUUCGCCACCUCGUCGAGCGUGGAGAUGCCCACUCUUUGGCCGUUGCAUACCAAAUCUCUUUCGACCUCUACGACAACAGCUCACAAGAAUUCCUCUCCAAGGUGAUCGAGGAGCUCCCCGAGGUUGAGGAGGAGGAGAAGAAGGACGAGGCUGGUGGACAGUCGUCUGCCAAUGGGGAUGCUAUGCAGACCGAGUCGGGCGAGGGAACUAGGGAAACGGAUGGACUGCUGGCGAAUGCGGAGAGCACUCACACUGCGACCAUUCCGUCAAGGACAAAGUCGAACCCGGCCACAGAGGAGCAGAAGAAAGCUUUCUCGUCUAUUCGCCACAUCCUGAAGGGCACCAAGACGAUUGAGCUCAACCUGGAGUUCCUCUACAGGAACAACCAUGCUGAUCGCGCGGUCUUGAACAAGAUUCGUGACAGCCUUGAGGCUCGGAAUUCCAUCUUCCACACGGCCGUCACUUUCGCCAACGCCUUCAUGAACUCUGGUACUACCAAUGACGGUUUCUUCCGGGAUAAUCUUGACUGGCUUCAAAAGGCUGUCAACUGGUCCAAGUUCACCGCCACCGCAGCCUUGGGUGUCAUUCAUCGUGGAAAUAUCACUCAAGGCCAGAGACUGCUCGACCCUUACCUUCCUAAGGACAGCAGCGUCUCUGGCUCGUCGUACAGCCAGGGCGGUUCUCUGUUCGCCCUGGGCUUGAUCUACAGCAACCACGGCACCGAUGUGCUCGAGUACCUGUCGACCCAAUUCAGGAAAGCCUCGGAGGAAGUGGUGCAGCAUGGCGGUGCCCUUGGCCUCGGCGUGGCGGGCAUGGCUACCGGUAACGAGGACAUCUACGAAUCCCUCAAGACUGUUCUCUACACCGACUCUGCCAUCAACGGUGAGGCCGUCGGUCUUGCCAUGGGUCUCGUCAUGCUUGGCACCGGCAACAUCAAGGCUCUGGAGGACAUGAUUCAGUACGCCCACGACACUCAGCACGAGAAGAUUGUACGAGGUCUGGCCAUUGGCAUGGCUCUUAUCAUGUAUGGCCGCCAGGAGGCUGCCGAUGAGCUCAUCAACGGUCUCCUUGAGGAUCCUGACCCGACCCUGAGGUACGGCGGUAUCAUGACCAUUGCCCUCGCUUACUGCGGCACCAGCAGCAACAAGGCCGUCCGCAAGUUGCUUCACGUCGCUGUCAGUGAUGUCAGUGAUGACGUCCGCAGGGUUGCCGUGAUGAGUCUGGGGUUCGUUCUAUUCAGAAAGCCGGGCGCUGUCCCUCGGAUGGUCGAGCUCCUCGCCGAGUCCUACAACCCUCACGUGCGGUACGGCGCAACCAUGGCCCUCGGUAUUGCUUGUGCCGGUACCGGCCUACACGAGGCCAUUGACCUUCUUGAGCCCAUGAUGAAGGAUUCCACCGACUUCGUCCGCCAGGGUGCUCUCAUCUCCCUCGCGAUGAUCAUGGUCCAGCAGAACGAAUCGAUGAACCCCAAGGUGGCAACGAUCCGCAAGACUCUCCAGAAGGUCGUGGGUGAUCGCCACGAGGAUGCCAUGGCAAAGUUCGGUGCCGCUAUUGCCCUUGGUAUCAUCGAUGCCGGUGGUCGCAACUGUACCAUUGGUCUGCAGACCCAGACCGGCAACUUGAACAUGACCGCCAUCGUCGGCAUGGCUGUCUUCACCCAGUACUGGUACUGGUUCCCGUUGACCCACUUCCUCUCCCUCAGCUUCACCCCCACCGCGAUCAUUGGCGUCGACCAAGAACUCGAAAUCCCCAGCUUCAAGUUCUACAGCGCAACCAGGCCAAGCAUGUUCGACUACCCGCCGGAAGUGGAGGUCAAGACUGAAGAGGCACCGGAGAAGAUCAAGACGGCGGUGCUGUCGACCACUGCCCAAGCCAAGCGUCGCAAGAUGGUCAAGGAGAGGCAACAACGCCGGGAGAGCAUGGAUGUGGACCCGACCCCGGCCACACCCAAGGCUUCGGCCGAUGACGACAAGAUGGAGACCGAUGAGGACACAAAGAAGGACGAGAAGAAGGAGGGUGAGAAGGAGGGCACUCCGUCUGCGGAAGGUGGAAAGAAGAAGGUCGAGAAGGAGAAGGUCGGCUACGAGCUUGAGAACAUGUCGAGGGUCCUACCGGCACAGCUGAAGUACAUCAGCUUCCCUGGCGAGCGCUACGUGCCUGUCAAGAAGGCUACCGGAGGUGUCAUCCUUGUGACAGACACGAGGCCCUCGGAUCCCAAAGAGCUUCUCGAGCUGAAGGUCAAGAAGGCCGCCACCACUCCUGCGCCCGGCGCGCCCGGCCACAGUCUUCAGGACCGCGUCGAGGAUGCCUACAGCUCGCGCGACAUCGGUGCUGGUUCCACUACCGGCGCCGCAGAGGCCGCCGGCGUUCUCACCGCCGUGGAUGAGGAUGAGGACGGCGAGGAGGCGGAGGCACCCCAUGAUUUCGAGUACUACUCUGACGGUGGCGACGAGUAG